ACCCCCCAGUCCUAUUCGUCCUAUUCGCCUCCAGCGGAGACGAUUCUGGUAGAAUGUUCGAGCUCUUCGGAGCCUCAUCUGAAUCUCAGUGUAAAACCCUCUUUAAGAACCUGUUUCUGUAUUUUCGCUGUCGUCGGCCGUUUCUUCCAUAUCUGUUUUAAUCCGUCACUAUGGAAACCCCUCUCCAAACAUGGCAUUGCUGAUCGAUGCCGUUUUGGACGCACACUGGCACUUCGCACCGACGCAGGGGAUCAACGCAGCCGUGUCGCCGCUCUCGCGCAGGGUGACACGCGCGUGGACACCGCCGGCCGCGACAUCUGCCCACGCGCCCGCGAGCGCGCCAGCGCACGCAUGUCCAUCCAUGCAUGGUCCCAUAUGAUCUGAAAUGAAUUUCCUUAGCGCGACGGCCCGGUAGAACCCGAAACGCGCUUCCGUGAGACCGAAUUAAAUGGUGACCAGUGCUGGGAGCAUUCAGCUGAUCCUGCUGGUGGCCUCCGAGCGAGUUUUCUGUGUCUUAUUCGCAAUUAUUCCGUGGUCUCCAUGGCUACAUCGGAUGGAGUAGAGCACUGCGCGAGGCAGAGAGGAAGAUCUCAGAGCGACCCCAGCAUCCUCACCGAGUCCAGGGUCCAUCUCACCCACGACAUGGAAGUGAGGGAGCAGCAGAGGGGGCUCCACUCUGGUCGUCUGGUAACCGGGGUACACACACCCCCCAUCGCCCGCAACAGCAAACUGGCCUCACUGGGACGUAUCUUCAAGCCCUGGAAAUGGAGGAAAAAGAAGGCCGAUAAGCUGAAGCAGAGCUCUACGGCUCUGGAGAGGAAGGCGGCAGCACGCCAGAGCCGCGGUGAGCUCAGCAGAAAGGAGCAGGCAGAGGCGACAGAGCCCGGUGUGGCUCCAGUCUGUGGACAGGGAUCUACAGAACCUGGACCUCCUGCUCUGGGCAGCUCUGGCAUGGGAGAGAGGGAGGUGUGCGCAGUGGCCCCGUCCGGUGCCCUGGAGGACAUGGGAUCUGACAGGGACAGCCCAUCGGCAGGGCGGGACACUACAGAUGGCUGCAAGGUUGUGAGGAAACACAACCUGGGUGAAGAGGAAGAAGACGAGGAGGAGGAGGCGACUCUCGAUGGUGACGCCCCAGAAGGUAUCCGUAGAAACCAGGAGGGAAGAGACAAGGGCAGAGGAGAUGUGGACCUGGGGGGCUCUGAUAGCCCUGCAAAGCUCGCAGUCCUCCCCAGAUGCGGUAGUGUGGAAGAAUCCGCCAAGUUGUCCCCAUCCAGCCUGCAGAGGACACCAAAAGACGCGCCGAAUUUACGAGGACAAGGUUCCACUCCAACGGGGUCACCACACCAGGCCAAGCGUCACUCACCGCUGCCUCCUAGCUGCAUCAUUGAGGAACUGCACCGUGCUCUGGCCACCAAGCACCGGCAGGACAGUUUCCAUGCGAGGGAGGUGCGAUCAUCGCCGAAGCGGUGGUCUGAGGGGCGGCACUGCAGCGUGGAGAGGGAGGAGCCUGGAGUGGACAGUGAGGAGAACAAGGAGAAUCUACGGCAGGAUGGAUAUGGACCAAGAGACCAGGACAGCUGGAAUGACUCUGUCACGUCUGGGACACUGCCACGGAGGAUGAAGAAAGAGCUCCUGGCCGUGAAGCUGCGGAACCGACCCAGUAAGCAGGAGCUGGAGGAGAGGAACAUCUUCCCCACCCGCAGCGACCAGGAAAGACAGGAGAUCCGGCAGCAGAUUGAGACCAAACUGGCCAAGAGGCUGAGCCAGCGGCCGGCUGUCGAGGAGCUGGAGGGCAGGAACAUCCUCAAACAGAGGAACGACCAGACAGAGCAGGAGGAGAGGAGAGAAAUCAAGCAGCGACUGAACAGAAAGCUGAACCAGCGGCCCACAGUAGACGAGCUACGAGACAGAAAGAUCCUGAUCCGCUUCAGUGACUACGUGGAGGUGGCCAAAGCUCAGGACUAUGACCGGCGUGCAGACAAGCCCUGGACCAGACUGUCUGCAGCUGACAAGGCUGCGAUACGCAAAGAGCUGAAUGAGUUUAAAAGCAACGAGAUGGAGGUGCACGCAUCCAGCAAACACUUGACAAGAUUCCACAGGCCGUAGCGAGGGUUUCUUCCAUGAAGAACUGGUGAACCCCAUCCAUUAGGGGACUGACUAUCUUGAGAGGAUCCUUCCAGUGCCUUGGCCCAGUCUCUGGGUGGCCAUGAUUCUUGGGCAUGGUGAUUGGUAGUCGGGGGCUACAUUUCUACAAAAGAUGCUACCUGCGGGAGAUGUUUAACACCCCCCUCUCAGAGAUGUACGUAAGGUACAUAAGGGCAGUGGAACAGAGGCCCUGGACUGAGUGCACCUGCCAAUGAGCGGUACAUCUGUUCUUGGGGAAAGCUGUGCAUGUCACCAGCUUUAACUUUUCCUUGAAAAAAAUACUCCAGGGUCAUGUGCUCAACAGUCUUGAGCCUAUUUCAUAUGAUCUGCCAAAACUUGAGAGAACUGUCUACAUUGUCACACAGAUAAAUUCUUUGCUCCAUUUGUCAGAAAAUACAGCUUUUCAAUUUUUUAAAGAAAAUAAUAAAACCAGGAUG